AUUCCGACUUGGAUUCACAACUUCAGAGUCUCUGCACCGCCCGUGGAAAGUUGUUGAUGUUCGCGUCGAUUUCGGAAUUUUUAGAGUUUAGUUCGCGUUUUGUCUAACCGCUCGAAAUGUGCAAUUUGUUGUGGCUUUCGGCCUGUUUUGUGGCCGUCUGCCUGCCCCUCGCCCUCAGCGAUGCGAAUGCGAAUGCCACUCAGGCGGAGCCAGUAGCUGCCAGACUCCAGGCGGAACCCAAGCCCCAGACGGAGCUCGCGCCCACGGCGGAGAAACUGAUCCGGUAUCGCCGCCAGCCACCCUACGGCAAGAGAUCCAAGCUGCGCCGCCGGACAAAGGGUCCGCCCAAGAUCAAGUACGGACCGCCGCCGGGUCCCUACCGGUAUGCGAAACCCUCGUUUCCGGCCCACCACAUCGAGGAGCCCAGCUUCUCCAUCGAGGACUUCCAGAACCUGAAGUUCGAUCCUGCGGACUUCAAGAUACCCACCUCCAGCUACGAGGCGCAGUCCAUGGAUCUGGACUUCUACAACCAUGACCCGGAACCCGAUCUUUAUGGGGCCCACAAGUUUCCCAGCUUGGAUUUCGGACUGGUCACCACCCACAACGAUCACAAGCCCCACCAGAAGUACGGGCUGCCACCUCUGACGCACAGUUUCCAGCCUCCGGAUCACUCUUUCUCCUCCCACUAUGAGCCGCCUCCAGCUCCGGCCCAUCCGCCCUCCACGCGCUACGGAGUACCCUCGAUACCGGCUUCGGUUCCCAACUUUUCGCACCAGGAUCUGCCAGCUCCAGACUCCUACUCGAUUUACGAGCAAAAGAUUCCAAAUGUGGGCUACCAUCAGAACUUUGCAGAGCCACCGGCCAAGAAACCAGGAAAACAUGGCUCCAACUUUGAGAUUUCGUACUCUCCGCCCGCUUUCGAGAUCAGCACUUCGUAUCAGUCGAACCACCAGCAGAGCUACGUGCCGCCCAAGUCCCAUGAGGGUAGCUUUGCAGAACCUCCUCCGGCCACCAACUAUGUGAAGCCAGUGCAGCAUCCUCCGGCAAAUGGAUAUGGUCCACCUGCUACUAACUAUGGUCAGCCUGCGCAGCAUCCUUCCUCCAGCUACGAUGCUCCUUCACAUCCUCCAUCAUCGGGAUACGAUGCGCCUUCCCAUCCUUCUUCAUCGGGAUACGAUGCCCCUCCUCAUCCUCCUUCAUCUGGCUAUGAUGCACCUCCUCACCCUCCGUCUUCUAGCUAUGAUGCACCGCCGCAACAUCCCUCCUCCAGUUACGACUCGCCACCUCAACACCCAUCCUCCAGCUACGAUUCACCGCCACAGCCACCAAAUUAUGACCAACCCUCCCAGUAUCCUUCAUCUAGUUAUGAUCAACCUCCCUCCCACACUUACAACCAGCCACCGCCUCCAGAAACCCAUCCUAUUCAAAACUAUCCCCACAACGAUUAUGCCCCACCCACCCAGGAACUGCCUCUUAAUCCGCAUCACAAGUUCCCCAGCUUCGAUUUCCCCAAGUCGAGCUACGAAGUGCCCAUCUAUGAUCCCAUUCCCUUCGAGGCAUCCAACCGGGACGAGCAGGAGUCCUAUCCACCCAUACUUGCCUCCUCUCCGGAUCAAAAUGAGAUAGCUAGCGAUGCCCAUGCGGCCGGUAGCUCCAAGAAGCGGAAGAGGAAGCGCAAGCCUGGCGCCGGAGUAGUGCCCGCCAAGCACACCCUGGAUGUGCCGGAGCUCCAGCAGGCCUACGACGCGGACAGCCACCAGAGGAGCGAGUCGAUCGAGCAGAUAGAUUCAGAUGCCCACGCCCACAGCUCGCAUUAUGUGGAAAGAAAGCAGACCUUCUUCAACUUUGUGACGCCCACGACAUCCACAUCCACAACAACUCCGGCUCCUUGGAGUCCGAUGAGGGGCAGGAGCACCACCACAAGCACAGGGUUUAUUCCCACCAUUGUGACCAGCACUCCGGCGCCCAGAACCGCGACGAUGCGAACCAGAAAUCGCGGCAGCUCCAGGUAUCGCACCACCCAAGCAGUUAGUCCCAGCCAGCCGGAUCCUAUCCACACCAGCGUCCGAAUAGAGCAGUCUCACUCCCAGAGCUACUACGACGGCACCAUUGCUCCUCCGACCAGGCAGCAGUUCUCGCCCAGCACCAGUGUGCGUGGCACGCGACCUACAAGACCGGCCUACGCGAGGACACCGCUGGCUCUCCAGCCGGCGAAUCACGGAAGAGAUGCAUCGUCCCCGCCGAGAGUCACACCCAAGCGCACCACCAAGGGCGUCUUUGACACCACCUUGUUCAAGAGCCCGCUCAGCGACCGGGAGAUGGAGCGGAAUCUCCAGGGACUGCGUCAGAACUUGCCAAAAAACCACAAACUGUACUGACUUCCAGAGGGGAGUUCUUGGGAGGCGCAUAGUUUAUAAAGACUUGGUUAACUAGCACUAAGACUGGAGACUUAAGCUAUUAAUUUUUAUCGCAACUUAG